CGGGAACCCAAUCCCUUGAACAAAGGAGGAAUAAAAACACUGAGUGAACUGGCAUGUGUACACUCGAGGAUAUCCCAUCUGGCGUAAUUAAUUGUGUAGACUCCUUUACCUACUAGUACCGGCAGACAUAUGCUUGGUGCGACCUUACCUCGCAUAGCUUGCACGCAUUACCAAGUGGGCAUGGCCUGUAUUAAAGUGAGUGGGCGCGGGUGAACGCUUGUCCAGUGAUGUGAGCCAGCCUGACCUCGACAAGAAUGAACGAUAUUGACGUAGCUGCACUACAAGAGAGGUCGAGGACAAACAAAAGGAAGCUUCCCACUAACAGUGGGCAACACGUCACCUCCCGGUUUCAGUCGGCCCUGAGUUACUAAAGCGUGCAAUUCUGCCGUGUUGAUUGGUUGUGAAUCAUUUAAGGCAGUUAUAUAUGGAAGUAAUAUAGAAAGAUUUAAAGCGUUGUUGUUUUGCACGUUGGCCGCGUUUCAUUGCGAGGAACCUGUCUGUAUUCCUGCCGCACCCAGAAGCAAUAACAUCAUGGCAAUGACAUGUUGUGAGCGGCCAAAGGUGUCGGAUUUUGGGCUCGGUAGUCAGGAGUCUGGUGUGUUUCAUCGUACACAGUGGAAGAAAUUUCCUCACGUGGUAUUCGUUGCUUACCGUGUAAUACUUGCCCUCUACCUGCUGGGUAUUUUGAUAGCCUACCUCAUCCAGCAAAUAAACUUCUUUGGCGGUCAAGCCUUUGUGUACCUCACCAAUCUGGGGUUCAUCGUAUUUUUCAUCUACGUGGUAUUGGCUGGCAUCGUCGCUGUUGUGGAUGGGGCCAUCCUGAAGUUGUUUCGGACAAGAAAUUCUGAAGAUGCAAAUACAUGUAAGAUGCGUAUACGUCAUAAAAUGCAGUGGAUGUUCUUCAACAUCACCAUCAAUACGAAUAUUCUUGUAACCAUCAUCUACUGGGGUGCCCUGUACAACCCUAAUUUCCCGUUUUUCUACGACUUCCACGUGCACACCUUCACUACAAUCGUCUCCCUGAUCGACCUUUUCCUGAUGCCCAUACCUGUGCGGUUCCUGCACUUCAUCUACCCGAUCGGUUUCGACCUGGCUUACAUGGCUCUGACCGUGAUCUUCUGGGCGGCUGGCGGGCGCACGAUAAGCUCGACUGGCGCCAUCUAUCCAUUUAUUGACUACAGCAACGCGCCCGGUGUGGCGGCCGGAGUAAUCGUGGGCAUAUUUGUAGCCGUCAUUAUCAUGCACGGCCUCAUCUGGGCGCUGUAUAAGCUCAGGGUGUGGAUCUGGUUAAGAUGUGGGAAUGAAAUCGAGGCUGUACCAACGGAGGCUGAUCAAGAUCUUGGCAAAAUGGAAGAGGGCUUGUAAUUUCAGGACUGUUACUUUAAUGUAGGUAAUCAACGUCAAUUCACUUACUCGGUUUGUAGUAGUCCAUUUUUCUCCUUUUCUCUAGACGAUAAUUCUCCAUGGCUUGCCUACGAGACAGUAUAUAUACUGUGUAAGCUUCCAACAAACUUCAACUUUAACUUCAACUUUAGACAGCUAGCUCACUACUCUGAAAUUGCAACAGUAGAAUUUAACAUUCUCGUCCGACAUUGGGAAGUUGCCGGGACAAUUAUUUGCCAAGGGUCAAGUUGGGCUUGCCAGCGCUCCAAUUUACUCUGGAUUUAUGUGAAGAAGCAAUAUCAGCUGACUAUCAGUAUGUACAUUGGUGGUUGUCAUCAUUACCGAACGCCCAAUCGAGCCAUUUAUUUCCGGUUCUUGAACUGGAAUCAGGCGCCGAGUAGAUCCAAGCUGCUCUCCAGGGAAUUCAUUUGUGAACCUCACGUAGUAUUAUUGGUUUUUGAUUUUCUUUUUACAUUUUUAUUCCUAGGAUUGUGAAGCGACUACAUGUACAUUUGAUUUUUUAUAUAUUAUAUGAUAAUACUUUUUAGAAUACCUAAUGUUUGUGUAUGACUUUUAUAGUAGUAUCACCUUCCCAUGAUUUUUAUGCUCAUUUUUUGAUUGAUUUUAUUAAAGAAUAAGUGCACAUUGCACACAUAUACCAGUGUUGUUUGAGCUGAAACGCUAUUGCUUGGUGGUGUUUAUGUGCAGGGUCAGAUUGUUUCACAUAAUGUUUGCUUUUCUGAGGGGUGAGGCUACAUUUGGGGGCUUUUUACACGUCUUUGGGUAAUGGACAUUAAGGAAAUUUUUUUGGGGGGGACCUCUUUUUUAGGGGGCGAUCCCCAGACUUGCCCUUGUGCAACACUACCCUCCAUUGCUUGGUUGUUGGAUGUUCUGUAUGUUUGUAAACUAACUUUAAACAGUACCUAGUUGUGGGCUCAUCA